UGGAAAGUCAACAAACGGAAAUAGAAAGGGCAGCUCACCGAAAAUGACGUUUGGACGUGAAUUUUGAAGCGAUGACAUCUGUGUGACUUCUAGUCAUUAACCCAAGUAUUUGUGACACAUUUAAGGUAAACUAACAAUGGGCUUCCUGCUGUCUAAAUCCAUGGAUGCCAACCUGAAGAAGCAGCAAGAGUUUAUGCUUCACAACUCCAGGCUGCAGAUGGAGCGUCAGCUGCUGCUGCAGAAUGAGAUGAGGCAGCGUCAGAUGGCCAUGCAGGUUGCUUGGUCCAGAGAGUUCCUGACAUACUUUGGCACCUUCUUCACACUCACCUGUGCUGGACUCACACUGGGGGCCAUCAAGAGAAAGAAGGCGGCCAUGUUGGCCCCCAUCCUUCCUCUCAGCUUCAUCCUGGCCUAUCAGGUGGACAAUGCCUACGGGUCACUCAUUCAUCGAACCAGAGAGGAGGCGGAGUCUAUCAUGUCGUCAGAGCAGCAGCGUCUGCAACUUCCUCACGGGACUCCCACCUUCGACAGCAUCGAGAAGAGUCGUCGCGCCAAAAUCAGCUUCUCCUCCAUCUUGGAAAAAUGAGGCCUUUGUUCUCCUUGAAGAUGAUUGACAGCUAAGUUUUUUUAUGUUCAUAAACUAUGUGCCAAAAUGACAUUUGUGUCAUAAAGCCAAUGAAAUAGAUCGUUAACUCAAUUAUAUUGAUCAAAUAUAUCUGAUGGAAUCACUUAAAAAAAAGCACUAGAAUAAAUGCAUUCAAUAUUUUAAAUAUUUGUUUUAAUGAUUUCAUGUUCAUCUUAUUUAAUGUUUAUAUUUAACUUUGGCACAAAGACUCAUUUUGACAUGAUAUAAAUGUUGCUAAGCUGUAGUCAAGUCAAAAGAAGAAGACAAUAGUUAGUGUGUCAAUAAUGUAUCAAAUGUGGUAAUAUUAAGUAGAAUGUGCAAUGUGGGUAAGAAUAGUGUGUGAAUGUGAGCAAGAUGUUCAACCACUGGUAUGUGGGAGUGAAGUACUGGAACGUCCAGGGUGAGUGGAGGGUGUGGAUGAUGCAGGACAUUGUAGAUUUAACAUUCUUUGUCAAUGGGGAGAACAUUCCAGGAAAACCAGGAAUUUUGGCUAUAUGGAUGGGAAAGGUAGUGUGGGUGGAUGGUUGGAAUCGGGUUUGAAAAUGGCGCUGAAUUAUCAGAGAGUAUGGUGUAUCGCAGUGGUCCCCAACCUUUU